CGGGCACCGGUAUAGCAAUCUAGCUGAUUGCUAGCGUAUAGCUAUAAAAAUGGCUACAAGCGAUAGCAAAGCUCCUCUACGCACAGUAAAGAAGGUGCAAUUCGGUAUUUUGAGCCCUGAUGAUAUUCGACGCAUGUCAGUCACAGAGGGCGGCAUACGCUUCCCCGAAACCAUGGAAGCUGGCCGCCCCAAACUAGGCGGUCUUAUGGACCCCCGACAGGGCGUCAUAGACCGACAUUCCCGCUGCCAAACAUGCGCGGGCAACAUGACCGAAUGCCCCGGUCAUUUCGGCCACAUCGACCUGUCCAAACCGGUUUUCCAUGUCGGUUUCAUCACGAAAAACAUCAAAAUCCUCCGCUGUGUCUGUUUCUACUGCAGCAAACUCUUGGUCAAUCCUACCAACCCGAAAAUCAAGGAGAUUAUCAUCAAAACUAAGGGUCAACCUAGACGAAGACUUGCUCACGUCUAUGAUCUGUGUAAAGGGAAGAAUAUUUGUGAAGGGGGGGAUGAAAUGGACGUUUCUAAAGACGGUGAAGAACAGAUCAAUAAUAAGAAAGCUGGACAUGGAGGUUGUGGAAGGUACCAACCAAAUAUCAGACGCACUGGACUGGAUUUACGUGCUGAAUGGAAGCAUAUCAAUGAAGACUCGCAGGAUAGAAAGAUAGCACUUACAGCUGAAAGAGUUUGGGAGAUCCUAAAACACAUAACAGACGAGGAAUGCUUCAUUUUAGGUAUGGACCCGAAAUUUGCCAGACCAGACUGGAUGAUAGUCACAGUUCUACCCGUACCACCUCUUCCAGUACGACCAGCAGUAGUAAUGUACGGUUCAGCGAGAAACCAAGACGACUUAACCCACAAGCUUGCAGACAUCAUCAAAGCCAACAACGAACUACAAAAAAACGAAGCUGCCGGAGCUGCAGCUCAUAUUAUAACGGAAAAUACAAAAAUGCUUCAAUUCCACGUCGCAACUUUAGUUGAUAACGAUAUGCCUGGAAUGCCUAGAGCUAUGCAGAAAUCCGGAAAACCUCUGAAAGCUAUUAAAGCACGGCUUAAAGGUAAAGAAGGAAGAAUCAGAGGAAAUCUGAUGGGUAAACGUGUAGAUUUCUCUGCCAGAACCGUUAUAACUCCAGAUCCAAACCUCCGAAUUGAUCAGGUAGGAGUUCCAAGAAGCAUAGCUCAAAACCUGACCUUUCCCGAAAUUGUGACGCCGUUUAACUUUGAGAAAAUGCUCGAGCUGGUUCAGCGAGGAAAUUCACAGUACCCUGGAGCUAAAUAUAUUAUCAGAGAUAAUGGGGAGAGAAUCGACUUGAGGUUUCAUCCAAAAUCUUCAGACCUACACCUCCAAUGCGGUUACAAAGUUGAAAGACACAUCAGAGACGGAGAUUUGGUAAUAUUCAACCGACAACCCACUCUUCACAAGAUGAGUAUGAUGGGGCACAGGGUUAAAGUCCUUCCUUGGUCAACUUUUCGCAUGAAUCUAUCCUGUACUUCACCAUACAACGCUGAUUUCGAUGGGGAUGAAAUGAACUUGCACGUUCCUCAAAGCAUGGAAACCAGAGCUGAGAUAGAGAACCUCCACAUCACUCCACGCCAAAUCAUAACUCCCCAAGCCAACAAACCUGUGAUGGGUAUAGUACAGGACACUUUGACAGCUAUCAGGAAGAUGACCAAGAGAGAUGUCUUCAUUAACAACGAACAAAUGAUGAAUCUACUCAUGUUCCUUCCAAUCUGGGAUGGUAAAAUGCCUAGACCUGCUAUUUUGAAACCUAAACCUCUUUGGACAGGGAAACAAGUGUUUUCCUUGAUCAUUCCUGGAAACGUUAAUAUGAUGAGGACGCAUUCAACACAUCCAGACGAUGAAGAUGAGGGUCCUUACAAGUGGAUAUCUCCAGGAGACACCAAAGUAAUGGUAGAACAUGGUGAGCUAAUUAUGGGAAUUUUAUGCAAGAAAACUCUAGGUACUUCAGCUGGGUCUUUACUGCAUAUUUGUAUGCUUGAACUGGGUCACGAAGUAUGCGGUAGAUUCUAUGGAAACAUCCAGACUGUAGUAAAUAACUGGUUGCUACUUGAAGGUCACAGUAUCGGAAUAGGUGACACCAUCGCCGAUCCCCAGACUUAUUUAGAGAUCCAGAAAGCAAUCAAAAAGGCUAAAGAGGAUGUUAUUGAGGUUAUCCAGAAAGCACACAACAUGGAGCUUGAACCAACACCAGGCAAUACACUGAGACAGACUUUCGAGAACCAAGUAAACAGAAUUUUGAACGAUGCCCGUGAUAAAACUGGUGGUUCUGCAAAAAAGUCUCUUACUGAAUACAACAAUUUGAAAGCUAUGGUGGUAUCCGGUUCUAAAGGUUCAAACAUUAAUAUUUCUCAAGUUAUCGCCUGUGUAGGACAGCAGAACGUUGAGGGUAAACGUAUUCCUUUUGGAUUUAGAAAACGAACUUUACCCCAUUUUAUCAAAGAUGAUUAUGGUCCAGAAUCCAGAGGAUUCGUAGAGAAUUCAUAUCUAGCUGGAUUGACACCUUCGGAGUUUUAUUUCCACGCUAUGGGAGGUAGAGAAGGUCUUAUUGAUACCGCAGUAAAAACCGCAGAAACUGGAUACAUCCAGCGUCGUCUGAUCAAAGCUAUGGAAUCGGUAAUGGUGAACUACGAUGGUACUGUAAGGAACUCAGUAGGUCAGCUUAUCCAGCUACGUUACGGCGAAGACGGGCUAUGUGGUGAAAUGGUUGAGUUCCAGUACUUACCAACGAUCAAACUCAGCAACAAAACCUUCGAGAAGAAGUUCAGGUUUGAUCCAAGCAACGAAAGAUAUCUCAGAAGAGUUUUUAACGAGGAUGUCAUAAAACAACUCAUGGGAUCAGGAGAAGUCAUUUCUGAGCUUGAAAGGGAAUGGGAACAGCUUCAAAAAGACCGUGAAGCUUUGAGACAAAUUUUUCCUAGCGGGGAUGCCAAGGUGGUACUUCCGUGCAACCUCCAGAGAAUGAUUUGGAACGUUCAGAAGAUAUUUCAUAUUAAUAAAAGGGCACCAACAGACCUUUCACCGAUCAGGGUGAUUAGAGGUGUCAGGGACUUGUUAGCCAGGUGUAUCAUAGUGGCUGGAGAAGACAGACUAUCAAAACAAGCCAAUGAGAACGCUACUUUACUGUUCCAGUGUUUGGUCAGGUCAACCCUUUGUACUAAAGCUGUUUCUGAAGAAUUCAGGCUCAGUACUGAGGCUUUUGAGUGGUUAAUUGGUGAAAUCGAGACUAGAUUUCAACAAGCACAAGUUAACCCAGGUGAGAUGGUCGGAGCAUUGGCAGCACAAUCCUUGGGGGAACCAGCAACUCAGAUGACCUUGAACACCUUCCAUUUUGCUGGGGUGUCAUCCAAAAACGUCACACUGGGUGUACCAAGGUUGAAAGAAAUCAUUAACAUAUCCAAGAAGCCUAAAGCUCCAUCUCUGACUGUUUUUCUUACUGGUGCAGCUGCCAGGGAUGCAGAAAAAGCCAAAAACGUGUUGUGUCGACUGGAGCAUACUACACUAAGAAAAGUGACAGCGAAUACUGCCAUUUAUUAUGAUCCGGAUCCUCAAAAUACUGUCAUUCCAGAAGAUCAGGAAUUCGUGAAUGUCUACUAUGAAAUGCCUGACUUUGAUCCAACGAGGAUUUCUCCGUGGUUGCUGAGAAUUGAGCUUGACAGAAAACGUAUGACUGAUAAGAAGCUGACUAUGGAACAAAUUGCUGAGAAAAUCAAUGCUGGAUUUGGUGAUGAUUUGAAUUGUAUUUUCAACGACGACAAUGCUGAAAAAUUAGUCUUGAGAAUCAGAAUAAUGAACAGUGAUGACGGAAAAUUCGGUGAUGCAGGUGGGGAUGAAGAUGUCGACAAAAUGGACGACGAUAUGUUCCUAAGAUGCAUCGAAGCCAACAUGCUGAGCGACAUGACUUUGCAAGGCAUAGAAGCCAUAUCUAAGGUCUACAUGCAUCUACCACAAAGCGAUUCCAAAAAAAGAACCGUCAUCACUGAAACAGGCGAGUUUAAAUCCAUUGCCGAGUGGUUGCUUGAAACUGACGGUACCAGCAUGAUGAAAGUACUGUCCGAAAGAGACGUAGAUCCUGUCAGAACUUAUUCCAACGACAUCUGUGAAAUAUUUUCGGUACUUGGUAUAGAAGCUGUCAGAAAGUCUGUAGAAAAAGAAAUGAACGCGGUGUUGCAAUUUUACGGCCUGUACGUCAACUAUAGACAUCUGGCCUUACUGUGUGACGUCAUGACAGCAAAGGGCCAUCUUAUGGCCAUAACACGUCACGGGAUCAACAGACAAGACACUGGCGCCCUCAUGAGGUGUUCUUUUGAAGAAACUGUCGAUGUUUUGAUGGAUGCAGCAUCGCAUGCUGAAGUUGACCCAAUGAGAGGUGUUUCGGAAAAUAUAAUCUUGGGACAGUUACCAAAAAUGGGAACUGGUUGUUUUGAUCUACUACUAGAUGCAGAAAAAUGUAAACUAGGUAUUCCGAUACCUCAGGCUCAUGGAGGUGAUAUUAUGUCGUCCGGAAUGUUUUUUGGAGCUGCCGCAACACCCAGUAUGAGUCCAAGCGGUGCUAUGACUCCUUGGACUCAAGGGAGUACACCGUAUGUUGGGAGUGCCUGGUCUCCACACAACUUAUUAGGAAGUGGAAUGACACCCGGAGGUCCUGCUUUUUCACCUUCAGCUUCAUCUGACGUUUCUGGGAUGUCUCCAGCUUCAGGAAUGUCCCCGGGAUACGGAGCAUGGUCUCCGACACCUCAAAGUCCGGCAAUGUCACCUUAUAUGGCUUCCCCAGCAUCUAUGCACGGUACAUCUCCGUCGUAUAGUCCAUCAAGUCCAGCCUUUCAACCGGCAUCUCCCUCAAUGACUCCCGUGUCUCCAGGGUACUCUCCGAAUUCUCCAGGUUAUUCUCCGACAAGUCCAAAUUAUAGUCCGACUAGCCCCAGUUAUUCACCGACAAGCCCCAGGUAUUCCCCGACGUCGCCUUCCUAUAGUCCUACGUCUCCUAGUUAUUCGCCUACGUCACCGAGUUACAGUCCGACUUCUCCGAGUUAUUCACCGACUUCGCCGAGUUAUAGUCCGACGUCUCCGAGUUAUUCUCCUACUUCUCCGAGUUAUUCACCAACGUCACCGAGUUACAGUCCGACUUCACCAAGUUAUUCUCCGACUUCUCCAAGUUAUUCACCUACUUCUCCGAGUUAUAGUCCGACAUCACCGGGGUAUUCCCCUACUUCUCCGAGUUAUUCACCGACAUCGCCGAGUUACAGUCCGACAUCACCGAGUUAUUCUCCGACUUCUCCAAGUUAUUCGCCUUCUUCUCCGAGAUAUACGCCAGCUUCGCCAAGUUAUUCGCCUACUUCUCCCAGUUAUUCACCAUCGUCACCACAGUAUUCCCCAGCGUCACCGAGUUAUUCACCCUCGUCACCUAAAUAUUCACCAACAUCUCCAAGUUAUUCACCCACUUCACCCUCGUUCGUUGGUGGAAGUCCGCAGUAUUCUCCUACGUCUCCCAGUUAUUCACCAACUUCACCAAGUUAUUCACCAACUAGUCCCCAGCAUACUCCAGGUAGUUCGAGGUAUUCACCUACUUCUCCCCAGUAUUCACCUCACAGCACUAAGUAUUCACCAACGUCACCUACUUAUACUCCAACAAGUCCGAGUUAUUCACCAGCAUCACCUACUUAUUCGCCGCAGCCUCCUAGAUAUUCACCAUCGUCACCGAGUUAUUCACCUGGCCAGGAUGAAUAAAUUUUUGAGUAAAAUCUGUCCAAUGAGUCAGGAAAGAUUUUGACAGAUGGCAUAAAAAAAAUGACACAAUAUUCCAUUUACCUGUGAGUUAAAUGACAGAUAUCUGUCAUUUUAAUUCCUCCCUCCUUGGACAGUCUACAUUAGUAGAAUAGUAAUAAGUAUUUUAUAUAUAUCGUAUAAUAAAAUAAAAACGAUGUCAUAAUAUGCAUAGAAAUGGAAUUUCAGUUCCUUUUUAAUAUUCAGCUGUUACUAUCGAGAAUUUCAGCUAGAGAUAUGGUAAAGGUGGAACUAUAUAAAAUGUUACUUCGACGCCUACUAUGACGCUAUUUUUAUUUGAUCAUACCGUUUAUAGAUUCAUUCCUUCUCGAUGUGUCAGUAUUAUAAAUACUGAAUAUUUAUAUAAAGUAAUAAUUGGUAGAAUUAAACUAAGAUUUAAAUAACCUAUAGCUUCAAUAUAGGACCGUAUGAUCGAAAAAAAACGGCGUCAGAGAUGGCCGAGGAAUGCCAAUCGAUGAUAAUUUUGACAAGGUCAAUCUGUAUAUACGUUAUUUACAGUAAUUUUUACGCAAUAUAAAAAUAAAUUACAACCUUUUUAAGGCUCACUGGUAUUAAGCGCCGUUAAGAUAUAACAGGACAAGUAAAUUACUUCUAUAGGGCUUGAACUCGCCAAAAUUAUUAUCGUUUUUAAUUCCUCAGCCGUCUUUGACGCCCUUUUUUUCGAUUGUAUGGUUUUAGAAUAUAUAAAAACAAAUAUAUUCUAAAAAGAGCACAAUUUUUGAGCAUAUUACAUUUGAUGUAAUAAUAAUUUAUAUAUCUCUCUGUAAUAAUGUUUUAUUUAUUAUAUUAGCUGUUAUUCUAUUUUUAUUAUAAAUUAUUUUUUGUAAAGUCUGAAAAUGGAAAGGUUAAGACUGACGGUUCGUUUGAACUACUUCGACUGAUAGAUGUUUGUGUAUCGUGAAAAAAGCUCAGAUUUUGCAUAUAAAUAUUUUUAU